GGCGACCAGGGGCUUUCUCGGUUUAAUAAACUUCGGGUCGUGGUGGCCGACGAUGACUCUGAAGUCCCAGAAAGGCCUAUCAACGGGGCGCACCCGGCCCUCCAGACCGACGAUGAUUCCUUAUUGGACCAGGACUUACCUUUGACCAACAGUCAGCUGAGUUUGAAGGUGGACCCCUGUGACAGCUGCAGCAAACGGAGAGAGUUAGUGAAGCAAAGAAAGGUGAAAACCAGGUUGACCAUUGCCGCCGUCCUUUACUUGCUUUUCAUGAUUGGAGAACUUGUAGGUGGAUACAUUGCAAAUAGCCUAGCAAUUAUGACAGAUGCACUUCAUAUGUUAACUGAUCUAAGUGCUAUCAUACUUACCCUGCUUGCUUUGUGGCUGUCUUCAAAGUCACCAACCAGAAGAUUCACCUUUGGAUUUCAUCGCUUAGAGGUUUUGUCAGCUAUGAUUAGUGUGCUGUUGAUAUAUAUACUUAUGGGAUUCCUCUUAUAUGAAGCUGUGCAAAGAACUAUCCAUAUGAACUAUGAAAUAAAUGGAGAUAUAAUGCUCAUCACUGCUGCUGUUGGAGUUGCAAUUAAUAUAAUAAUGGGGUUUCUGUUGAACCAGUCUGGUCACCAUCACUCCCAUUCCCACUCCCUGCCUUCAAAUUCUCCUACCACAGGUUCUGGUGGACAUAGCCAUGGGCAGGAUAGCCUGGCAGUAAGAGCUGCAUUUGUGCAUGCCUUGGGAGAUUUGGUACAGAGUGUUGGUGUGCUAAUAGCUGCAUACAUCAUACGAUUCAAGCCAGAAUACAAGAUUGCUGAUCCCAUCUGUACAUAUGUGUUUUCAUUACUUGUGGCUUUCACAACAUUUCGCAUCAUCUGGGAUACAGUAGUUAUAAUACUGGAAGGGGUACCAAGCCAUUUGAAUGUAGAUUAUAUCAAAGAAGCCUUGAUGAAAAUAGAAGAUGUAUAUUCUGUGGAAGAUUUGAAUAUCUGGUCUCUGACUUCAGGAAAAUCCACUGCCAUCGUUCACAUGCAGCUAAUUCCUGGAAGUUCAUCUAAAUGGGAGGAAGUACAAUCCAAAGCAAAGCAUUUAUUAUUGAACACAUUUGGCAUGUAUAAAUGUACUAUUCAGCUUCAGAGUUACAGACAAGAAGUAAACAGAACUUGUGCAGAUUGUCAGAAUUCCAGUCCCUGAUUUUUUGUGUUUUGGGGUUUACUGCCUUAUUUAUCCUGCAGUCACAGACUUGAGAGCAAUAAAUGCAAACCUAAAUGAGAAAAUGGAAUCCCUGACAGCUGUGUCCAUAUCAACCACCAGUCUCUCAAAACAAUCACUCCAGCCUGACAAUGGGAGUCUCUGUUUAAUGGUAAAAUGAGACUUCGCCGUGAUUUUAGGAUGAAGAUGUUUCCCAUAUACUGUUUACAGAAUGAGAUGUAAUUCUACAGAUACCUCAUAGAAGACAAUCCAAGACCAUACUUCAUUAAUUUGACAAAGUACACAUCUUAAAGGAAGCAUCAGAAUCAGUAUUUAAAAUACUUUUUAAAGGCCACUUUAUAUCAAGCCAGUGCUAGCAAACUAAGUUGUUGUUUUGUUUGUUUUGUUUUUUAUUAUGUAAUCUUGACAUCCAGCUUCUGGAAUUGCUGCUGUCUUUAUACAGAAAUUAUUUCUCAACAGAUUUCAGAAAGUACUACUAAUUGUCCAGAAUGGAAUAAGCAUGUAUUCCUAAGUGUUUCAGAAACAUUUUAUUUCACAAAUAAGUCUUAAUGUUAUUGUUAUACUUUAUAAACAACUUUUUCCAGAUAUUACCAGGCUUUGAAUCUCAAAGUUAACAUUUUUGAUUAUUUGUAAUCUUAUCAGAACCAAAUCUUUACAUAUUGUGAUCACUGUCAUUAAAUUACUUAGGAAAUAUUUUCAGUAGAAUUCUGAAUGGCAGAAAUUAGUCUUAAACUCAGAUUACCAUAUGAUUAUUUAAAACAAAGAAGCAAGAAUGGGGUGUAGAGUUUCAGAUUUACAUCUUCCCAAAAUCACUUUUUGGUUUUAGAAUUGAUAUAAGGACAGCAAAAGACUGCAAAAUCUAAGUAAUGAUUCUCUGCCUGUUUAAGGACUGUCAACAUUUUAUACAGUUUGCUUGGUAGCUUGGUUUCUGCCCUCAUUCCAGGUUAUCUGUAUUGUCCUUUCAGGGUAACUGUAGAGGGCUGAAGUUCAGUUUGUGAUGUCCUCUAUGUAGAUUAACUACUACUCCAGAGAGAAUGUCUGCUUUAUGACAGAGGUUAGAGAUUCUCAAUGGAAUCCAGAAAUUCCAAGAUAUAAUUUUGAAGUUUUCUAAUAUCAUACCAGAAAGGUUCAGAGGUUCAGGAGGAAGUACUACUUUAAGAAAACAAAAAGUAAAAGGUUUUUGACCUUAUGUGUGUCUGUGUUUAUUAAAACACUGGGAUAGGGAUGGGCGCUGAAUCUGUGUUGUAAAGAGACAGCAUAAACAUUUCCAAACUGAAGACAGUGUAAUUGGCAACAGAUGUAUUAAAGUGGCAGCUGUGAAUAUUCAUGUUUCAUUUUGUAGCCAUUGGUUUUGAGAUUAUCUUUACUUACAUUUGAAGUUCUUUUUCAAGGGGGACACUUUCUUAUACUAUAACCAAGUAUAAGUAUAAUACUUAUACUUGGUUAUCUUAUAACCAAAAUAGUUAUACUUCUUGGCUCCCCAGAAAAUCAAAGUAACAAUGUACUACGCAAGUUGUGAAGUAAAACUUUAAAUAGGUGUACAGAUGACUUAUACUAUAAAUGAAGAACAGGAAAUAAGAGUUCAUUUUCAUUAAACCUAAAAUAAGACAACCUGUAUUUACCUUAAAGAUUGUUGGGAAUUUAUGGUAUCAUAAAAGGGUUGGUGAUACCUAAUAAAAUUCAGUAGGUCUUAUUGAAUUGAACUGUUAUGGCAAUCCAUUAGAAAACUUAUUUGAGCUUCAAAAAUUUUAGAAGAAUAUAAACUUUAAGUCAAAAUACUCUCACAUAUAGAAGUAACCAUAAAUGAGAGCCAUUUCAGUGGACACCUGGGAAUUUAUGGGAUUUAGGUAUCUAGAAAAGAAAAGAAACAAUACACAUUAUAUACUAAUAAUUUUCCCAAAUCUGCAGAGCUUGUUUUUUGUAAAUUUUCCUUUAUCUUAUAUGGCUUUUCAUAUCAGUCUGUUCCCUAAAACAUUAUUUGAUAAAACAGUCUAAAAAUCCAUUUGAGUAUUGAAAAGGACCCUUUUGUAAAAUGCAGACUUUUGUAAAUUUUAAUUACUGUGUUUUGCUUAAAGUAAGGUACACAUGAAGUUUCCUGUGCUUUGUCUUUGUAAAAACUUUAUUGGUUUCCUGUACUUUGUCUUUGUACAGACUUUGUAUUGUACUUUACUUAGUCUGCAAGAUUUGAGAAUUGAUAGAUUUCACUUUUUGUAAGUUGACAAAACCCACAGUAGAGGACAUUAACUUAGCUGUUGCGACCAAGGACUGCACAGCUUCUAACAAAGAGCUUUGGUUUGGUCUCUCCUUCACCUAUUGAACUACAACCACACUGGUGGUUAUGCUUCUCAGCUAAACUCUCAAAGAGCUCUCUGUUGCCCUGUGAAACACGGGCUGAGUUGAACAGACACAUAGCAUUAGUAAUUUUGUGUUGGAAAAACGGAUUACAAGGCAAAACAGAUCACAAUGUAACAACUUGGCAGUUCUUCACAGUUACAUGUUCUAAUUAAUAUUUGCAAGUAAUCUGAGUUACUUGUGUAUGUUGUGUAUGUUAACCUGUGUUUCACAACUCUGGCCAGAUGCAACCCUUUGAUUUGUUUUAGGAAAAGACCUUUUGCUUCUCUAAUGAUCUUGCUGUUUUAAGAAAUAUAAUGGGAGUGCAGUAGAAGAAGUCAUAUUUUAGAGGACUUUGAUAUGCAGAACUAGAAGCUGAUGUGAUUUCUACAUACAUUUCCAUUAGCUAUACCUUAUGUAAUAUGAGCACAGAUUUUUCACAACUAUAGCUCCUGUCAGUAUUGUAUGCCAAAUCACUGGAUUUCUUAUUUUACUGUUUGUUUUCAACUUUGGGUGCUUUAUUUCCAUUCUUUACAACUAAGUUUCUUGCUCUUAUGAGUCUCAGUGUUCUCUCUCUUGAACCCAGGUGUAUUUAUUUUUCAUAAAAUCUUCUCAGACAUGGUCAAGAUCCAGUACUUCAGCUUCUCUCUCAUUAUAGUGUGAUGAAAAACAUUUUUUAGAGACAAGGCACUACUUAGACAUGUGUUUCUAGGUGGGAAGGAAUCUUUUUUUUUUUUUUUUUUUAGUAGCUGAUUUUUACUGGUUCAUAGAGCAAGUGUUAUGGACAGACUACACCAUACAACCAGCUGUGAAGAUAAUUGCCAACAAGACUCUGGGUUGUGUUUCUCAACCAUCCACUCUCAACAUAGAGAUAAUAAUUUGAUUCUGAAACAAGCACAGUUCAGCUAAACUUGUUUUCUUUUUUGCAUUUGUAUUAGUUUAUCGUAAUGAAUGAAAUGUUCUUACAGAAUUGAAUCUCUUUGAAAUAAAGUUUUAGGCAAUUUGCUCUUGAUUGUCUUAUAUGUAGUAAAUUUAAAGUUACAGGAUGUGUCCCUAGGUAUAAGAUUGGUUCAUUUGGUUCAUUUUGUCUUUGAACCAAGCAUAGUCAUAAACGAACAGUAACAGCUCACUAUAUGCUUGUAUGAAGGGGAUGCUCAGGAUAACUAAGGAAGCUUAAUAUCACUAUAGCCAAAAUACUGUUUCCAGACCCUAAUUCCAGAUCUAUCAUGUGAAUCCUAUCAAGCCAGGGCUUCAAAUUGAUUUAUAGAUUGCCAGUCAGGUAUAUUGUUUUUUUGUUGUUAGUGGGAGCAUGCAAAUUUGAAGAAAUUGAGUGGGAGUUUUUCAGUGUUUAAUUGUGUGAGUGCACUUAGACCAGCCAGUUUGAGUUCUCAUCUGCCUACAAAGGGUUUUAGCUGCUCUUCCAGUCACAUUGACAGGACCAACAAACAUUUUCUAACUUUUGUUAAGGCUGCAAAACAUUUAUGGAGACUUUCCCAGGUAAAUCUAAGACAGUGUCCAUUUAAAUAGUGCAAUUCAGAAUAUUUUGAAAUACAACACAAAAUUGAAAUUUGCCAGUAUAUCAGCUUUCCACCUGAAAGAUACUGUACAUUUGGAAAGUUUAUGCUUCUCAAAUCAAUGUUAUUUAAUAAGCCAUAUCACGUUUUAAGAAAUUGUAUAUACUUUUCCAUACGCCCCUUCAGAAACCAGAUAUUUUGCAUAUGAUUGAUUUUAGAAAGAUUUUGAAGCUGGGGUUUAUUCGUGUAAUUAAGAUCAAAGUAUAUGUAUAUGUAUAUGUACUGUAUUUGGAAUUUUCAAAUUGGAAUUUCUUAUACAUUUAUUAAAUAAAGUGUUGUUUUGCCAUGUGGUUUAUUAAAAACUGAAAAUAUCCAGUCCCUUAAA